CUCGUGUUCUCCUCCACCCUCCGCUCUGUUCAAUGACGCUUUAACAACAUCGCUUUUAUCACACGGCCGGAGACACACAAAUGAAUUACUAAAUGCAUUACAGUGCCUGUUCAGCUCUGAACAUUAUGGACAAAGUGUGAUCUUUGCGUAUUUCAUCUCAUACCAACCCCUUGUUCUCCAUCAAAAUGGCGUCAUGUGUUUCCAGCUGCUCACCGGUGGUGAGGUUUUGUCACAAACUGAACAGGCUAAAGACACUGGAGGACGAUGUAAUGGCGACAUCACUCAAGCGUUGUCUCUCCACAGUGGACCUUGCACUUCUUGGUGUAGGUGGAAUGGUAGGAUCAGGCCUUUAUGUUCUCACAGGAACUGUUGCAAAAGACACCGCAGGUCCCGCAGUAGUGCUAUCUUUCCUCAUCGCAGGCAUAGCGUCUCUCAUGGCAGCGCUGUGCUAUGCUGAAUUUGGCGCCCGUGUACCAAAGACAGGCUCCGCCUACAUGUUUACGUACGUCUCUGUUGGGGAAAUCUGGGCCUUCCUCAUUGGCUGGAAUGUAAUUUUGGAGUACAUGAUUGGUGGAGCGGCAGUAGCCCGUGCGUGGAGCGGUUAUCUGGACUCUAUUUUCAAUCACCGUAUCCAAAAUUUCACAGAGACUUAUGUGAUGCGCUGGGACAUACCUGUCGUUGCUCAUUACCCAGACUUCUUAGCAGCUGCCAUCCUUCUUGUGGCUUCCAUUUUUAUUUCAUUUGGUGUCCGUGUCUCAUCUUGGCUCAAUCACAUCUUCUCUGCCAUCAGUAUGGCAGUCAUCGCCUUUAUAUUGGUGUUUGGAUUUAUACUGGCGGACCCAGUCAACUGGAGUGCUAAGGAGGGAGGCUUUGCCCCCUUUGGACUCUCAGGUAUAAUGGCAGGAACGGCGACGUGCUUCUAUGCCUUUGUUGGCUUUGAUGUAAUAGCAGCAUCCAGCGAGGAGGCCAGCAAUCCUCAGAGAGCUAUACCGGCAGCAACGGCCAUCUCACUUGGCCUAGCAGCCACAGCGUACAUCCUGGUAUCUACAGUUCUUACGCUGAUGGUCCCAUGGCAUACGCUCGACCCAAACUCGGCACUUUCAGAUGCGUUCUUCAGGCGAGGUUAUAGCUGGGCUGGGUUUAUUGUGGCUGUGGGCUCCAUUUGUGCCAUGAACACCGUGUUGCUCAGCAACCUCUUCUCUCUCCCGCGGAUCGUGUAUGCCAUGGCAGAGGACGGCCUCUUCUUCUCUGUCUUCUCUCGUGUAAACCCUGUAACCAAAGUCCCUGUCAUUGCCAUUCUUGUAUUUGGCAGUUUGAUGGCAUUCCUUGCCCUCAUUUUUGAUCUGGAAGCGCUGGUCCAGUUCCUCUCGAUCGGCACUUUACUGGCUUACACUUUUGUAGCAGCUAGCAUCAUAGUGCUCCGCUACCAGCCGGAUAAACGUAGCGGAAGCUCAGGAGGAGGAGGUGGCAUCAAAACGGAUGCUUCAUCCACAACAUCAGAGCAGCAGGUGGAUCCAUCUCCUGCAGCGAAUGAGACCCAGACCUUUGCACAGGACGGUGGGGGGAUGAAGGAGUAUGAGUCGUUCUCUGAUAAACUUCAGCUGGUAGAGAGACAGAAGAACGUGAAGGAAAAACGAUCCGCUGGCAUGUUGAGCGCCUGUUGGGAGCCGUAUCUGGGCCGCUUGUUGGGGGAUUGUGAGCCGGGUGAGGUGGUGGCGUUUUCUGUGUUGGCUCUGAUGGUGAGCGGCGUUUCUCUUUGUGCUGUGUUGGUGUUUGGAAAUAACCAGUUGCACCUGCCUGUAUGGAGCUUCACCCUGUUACUGGUCAUCUUCAGUCUGGUCUUCCUGCUCAGUCUGGCUCUCAUCUGUGUCCAUGAACAACAACCCAAUCUAAAGACUUUUCAGGUUCCUCUGGUGCCGAUCAUUCCUGGCUUCAGCAUCCUUCUGAAUGUGUUCCUCAUGUUGAAGUUAAGUCCUCUUACCUGGAUCCGCUUCACCGUUUGGGUCGCAGCAGGUCUUCUGGUGUAUUUUGGAUAUGGCAUUUGGCACAGUAAAGAGGGUUUACGAGAGCAGCAGGGACAGGACGUAUCAGCGCGAUAUGUGGUUCUCCCCAGCGGCAGUCUGGUGGAGACAGUCCAAAACAUUCAACCUGAAGGACAAACACACAACACCCUUACACCAGAAACCCCCUCCUCCAGCAGAUGAUCUAACAACGCUGAGGUGUGUUUACACUACACCUGCAUGCCUGUUUACUGUACCACCCCUGCUUUGCUUUGUCUUCUGUUUGUCUUUCAUUUACUGCUAUCAUCAACAUCAAAAUAAACCAAACUGUUCAUCAACAACAUGGCUUAAAGACAACAAGUCAUUGUUUUGGGUGUACUCAACUUCCUUUUUCAACUAUUUCAUCAUAAUUGAGAGCCACUUUACUAUGUUCCUUUCUUUGUUCUAAUGUAAUAUACAAUGCACAUCUACUGUGUUUAGCUGCUAUAAUGGCUUGUAUGUAAAUUAUAUAUGAGAGUAUGUGAAGUGCACCAUGAUUCAGUGGCCCAAAAAGAUUCAGUAUCUCCAAUGUGUUUUAUGGUGUUUACAUGGAGCCAGAUGGAGCUCAAUGAUCUACAUUGCUGCUCAGUAAAAGCUGAAAUCUUUAUGACAGACUGCCAUUUAUCUUUUAAAGGUGCAGUUUGUAAUUUUUAUAAGGAUCUCUUGACAGAAAUGCAAUAUAAUAUACAAAACUAUAUUAUCAGUGGUGUAUAAAGACCUUUCAUAAUGAACCGUUAUGUUUUUAUUAACUUACGAUGAGACAUUUUCAUCUACAUACACAGAGGGUCCCCUUACAUGGAAGUCGCCAUUUUGUGUCGCCAUGUUUCUACAGAAGCCCUUAACGGACAAACUUUUUUACUAAGUUUUCUCCAACGAUAACAUGUUUGUCUGGUGGCGGCUACUGUAGCUUCUUUAUGCGUUUAAGGUUGUUUUCACAUAUGUUGGUGCACACCGUGGUGCGGCCUCGGAGCGCACCAAAAUACAUUGUAUCAUUUUUCAGUUAGUGCGGUCCGUGUUCACAUAUAUAUAUUUUUUACUUUACUCGAAAUGCCGCACCGUACACCAUGUGACAACGGUCAGCGCUGUCAUUGGUCUCUGACAGCUCUUACCGUCUCAUGACCACCCCCACGUUUCCACGACAACCAGCUUGACAGGGAGAGCGCAGCUAUCAAGAUGUGGAGAUAAACAUUGUACGUCUUUGCGAAGUUUCUUUGCUUUAACGCGAAAUUGCGUAGCUGUUCUAUUAAAGACUUUCUCACGGAGCCGUUUGCUAAAAGCCCGUAAUGUCACUAUUUGUGUGUGGAGGACAGCUAUGCAUUUAUAAAAUCAUCAGCUCAAACGUAAAGGAGACAGCGAAUCUCUAUGCAACGGACCAGGAUUGGCUUGUUUGUUGUUAACCCACAAUAUAACACCCGGCUCA